UCGCAAGGCAGCCUUCUUCUACUCGUCGACUCCAAUGGCCGCCGGUCCGAUCCCUCGGAGAGCUGGGUUGGCUUUAGCCUAUCGCCUUUCGGCCGGUGCCGUGUCGUUAUCUCGCGAUCGCAGCCGACCUUUUCGUCAUUCGACGUCAGCGCCUCGGAAUAAUGUCAAUAACGGAGACUGGGAAGGAGAGUGGUGGGAGGUGAUAGCCUCACCUUUCGGUUGCUUUUGUCUUUCUCUUGCCCUAGUAGACCCGAUUCCACCGGUCGCAUCCUCUUCUCUUCGCUCGUCGGCUGCGGAAGAAGUCUGAAAAAGUGGCAACUGUCAGCUGGGAUUCACGAAGAACAACUGCAAUUUGCUCUACUCCUGAAGUUUGCGGGCUGUUUCAUCUCUCCGCCUAUAUAGGUGCCCUGAGAAGUUGAUGUAAAACCGGCUAGGGAUGGGUUCAAGGGCUCACAUCAGUGGUUUCAAGCGAUUCUCAUCUGCUUUGUCUUUGGCGAUUCUUGAAUGGAUAUUGAUGCUUCUAUUACUCUUUGAUGCCUGGUUUUCCUACAUGGUGACAAAAUUCUCUCGUAUAUGCAAGUUACAAACACCUUGUAUAUUCUGCUCAAGGCUAGAUCACAUAUUUGGAAGUGAGAAACUGGACUUCUAUCUAGAUUUAAUUUGUGAAACCCACAGAUCAGAGAUCUCAUCACUGGCCUUGUGUCAUGCUCACGGGAAGCUUGCUGAUGUUCACACCAUGUGCAAGGCUUGUCUCCUCUCAUUGAAACCUGAAACUUACAGAUCUCUGGUAGGUAAUCUUGGAAGACAUUUUGAUUAUAGAGAGAACAUUCAGUAUGUUGAUGGUGAUGGCCUCCAUGUGCGUGAUGAGGAUGAUUUGGUGAAUGUCCCUUUUCUGAAGAAGGAUGAGACAAAUUGCUCUCCUGUCAAAAUAAUUUGUUCAUGUUGUGCUGAGCCUCUCCAACAUAAACUUCAUGCCAUUAGGUUGCUUGAGGAUGAAUCCAUCGAAGUUGAUGUUUCCGAAAUUGACAUUUCUUUGUCAAGUUUAACUGGAGAUGGGAUGAGAAAGACUAGAGAAAAAACUUUGGUUUCCCCAACAUCUGACCAUUUGAGGAAUCAAGGAUUAGACGAGUUCUCUCACAUUGUACACAGUGAAGUUAAAGUUACUACUGACUCUGACUCAGAAGUCCAGCAUAUAGAUGAUGGUAAAGGAAAAUCUCUGGCUCAUGGAGCUGAAAAUGCCAAGGAUGAUUUGAUGUAUCAAAAUGUAGAACCAGAGAAUGCCACAGAUAUUGGAAGUGUUUCAGAUAAUAAAACAAUAGGAAAAUUAAAUUACUCUGAUCCAGUUAGUAUUUCAGACAAUAAAGCCUUGCAAAAGUUGAUUCACUCUGCCCCAGAUAUUGACGAGCCUUCUGAAUCAGUUUCUGAGAAGCAAAAAUGUGUAGGUGAGCUCCAUGAUGUAUUAGAAAUUUCAUCUUCUGGUGCUGCUGGACAUAUUCCAAAGGAUAGCAAUUGGAACCAAAUCGAAAUCAAUGCUAAGCCCCCUCAAUCUAAAUUUGUGUCAAAAGAUCCCCAAGAAGUUCCUGUGGAGGACUCAAAUGUAAAAGAUAAGUUGGAGCAAAGUGAUGCUGCAUGUGUCAAUACUACUUAUGUGGAUGAUGUGAAGGAUUGGUGUGCAAAGGACAUCGAUUUGGGGAUAAGCCAUGAUGCAAGUGACCCUGGUCAAUCUAUGAGUAAUCAUAUGGAUCUGAAUGAUGCGUAUAAGCUUGCUGUUGGUGCUAAGGGAAGCUUGCCAUCUCCUAGAUUUGCUGAUGUUAUUAUGGGAAAGGAUUCUUCUAGGGUUCAGGAAGAUCUGAAACUGCUAAUUUCUCAAAUAUCUGCAUCUCGGGGCCUUGAGUCUCCAUGGCAUGAAAUGACUCCUAGUCCUCGAGUAUAUGGACAAGAUGACGAAUCUGUUUUGCAGAACAUAACCAAGACGCUCUCUCUUGAGAGGAACGAAUCAGGCUUAGAGUCACUAGAUGGAAGUUUUGUUAGUGAGGUGGAAGGGGAAAGUGCAUUUGAGAGACUAAAGAGGCAGGUUGAGUUGGACAGGAAGUCCAUAAACCUUCUCUACAAGGAAUUAGAAGAAGAAAGAAGUGCUUCAGCAAUUGCGGCAAAUCAAGCAAUGGCCAUGAUUACUAGGUUGCAAGAGGAGAAGGCUGCUAUGCAAAUGGAGGCUCUGCAUUACCAAAGAAUGAUGGAAGAGCAAGCUGAAUAUGACCAUGAAGCACUUCAGAAAUGCAAUGAGUUGCUGACUCAAAGAGAGAAAGAAAUGCAAGAUUUGGAAGCUGAGAUGGAAAUCUAUAGGAAAAGCUUUACAGAUAAAUUAUCCAAUGAUCAAGCAGUGGAACUGAAUGGUAAUUUCCAUGAUAAGGAGCUUGAAUCAUGUAACAAAUCUAGGGAAAAUCAUGUAAUGCAUCGAGAUUCCAGAUGGAGUAACUUUGAUAGUUUGAAGAAUCCCUUAUCAUGUUUUGAAGAUGAGGAGGCGUAUCUAUCAAAUUGUUUGGUGAAGUUGGAGAAAAAGCUUCAUCUUUUUUCCAAUCAUGGUGUUUUUGAUGAUGGUUCUAGUUUAUUAGUGAAUGAUGAUGAAAAUGGAUUUCCCGAAAACACAUGUACAGAUAUUCAAGGUGAAGAUUUUAUACAAAGAAACAGAGUGUCAGAAGGUGGUGUGGGCACAAAUGGUUGGUACUCUGACAAGAUUGCAUCUGCAGGUCCAGAGCACCUGUAUCAGAAAGAUGGUCCCCUUGAAAAUAGUCAGGUAGGAGGGAUUUUAAUGGAUGAAAAGUUAUCCAGGAAACCUUCAAGUUCCUUUCAAGGAAACCAUGAAGACAGCUUUGACAUUGACAAGUACUUGAAAGUAGUUAACAAGAGUGACUUAGUUGCUCUUGAGGAUGAAGUGUCAUGUUUAAGUCAGAGGUUGGAGGCACUUGAGUCAGAUCGUAAUUUUCUUGAACAUGCUAUCAACUCACUUAGAAAUGGUGAUGCUGGUGUUCGGUUUCUUCAACAGAUAGCUUGUGAUCUGCAUGAAUUACGGAAAAUUGGAAUCACUCGACAAGAGCAUCAUAUAGCUUGAGUCUUUACAAGUUCUAUCUGUAAUGAUCUGGUUGAUGAAGGUUCAUAAUUUACGUUCAGGACAGAGGUUCAUAUAGUCUGAGCACCCACAACUGUAUACUAUAUUCAGUAGUUGGAAAUGUGGCUGAUGCGUCUUCAGAGGUUGCUUCAUUUUUACCUUGUGUGUUUUACUUUUCUUUUCUUUAUAGAAUUGCUUGGUUUUGUAUUUUCUUAUCAUUAUCAUUUUUUCUAUAUUAACUUGAUUUCAUUCAGAAUUAGUAUUUUUUAUCUUUUUCUUUCUUAAAAAUGAGUGGUAAAUUUGUAAUAGGGUGAUUACUGUGUGAUAGCAAUGACCUGUGCAUUGUAAAACAUCUUCUGCAUGCUCACAUCUGCUGAGUUGUUCAAUAAUCUGGGGACUUGUAGUUUUGGCCAUCAAGAGUCUCAGCAAUGAGAGUAACAGUAUCAUUAUAUUCUUCUCUGUAAUAUAACUUAAAAAUUCUUAUUGAAAGUGCUGUUAUAAUUUCUAGUUUUUAUACCAA